GUGAUAGAUGCAUUAAUAAAUCACCUUCCUGAAAUUCUCGAACUUCUGUCUACUGGAGGAGAAAACAGUGGAUCAGAGAACAAGCUUUUAAAUUUUCCAGAGUUAAUUCCAGCACUAACAAGAGCUGAACAGAGGGCAGCAACCUCUUUAAAAUGGAGGACACAUGAGAAGCUAUUACAAAAGUACGCCUGUUUGCCUCAUGUCAUCUCAAGUGAUCAGAUUUAUUACCGAUUUUUGCACAGAAUGCUGACAAUCAUUAUGACAAAUAAUGUCCUACCUGUCCAAAGAGCAGCUGCUCGAACACUGUGUAUAUACUUACGAUAUAAUCGUAAGCAAGAACAGAGAUAUGAGGUCAUCCAGAAAUUGAUUGAACAACUGGGCCAAGGAAAAAGCUAUUGGAACAGAUUACGUUUUUUAGAUACCUGUGAAUUCAUCAUAGAACUCUUUUCCAAAUCAUUUUUCUGUGAAUACUUCUUUCUUCCUGUGCUUGAACUUACACAUGAUCCAGUAGCAAAUGUGAGAAUGAAACUUUGUUAUUUAUUACCAAAAGUGAAGUCAACCCUCAAGGUUCCCACAGACAAACAUUUACUGCAGCAGCUAGAAAUGAGUGUAAGAAAACUUCUAUGUGAGGAAAAAGAUAAAGACGUCUUGAACAUUGUUAAAAAAAUGGUACUAGAACUUGACAGAAUGGAUACCUCUUUAGAUGCCUUUCAGAAGAGGUUUUAUGAAAAUGAUCUAUUGGAUCAGCAGAAAGAAAGAGAGGAACAACUUCUUUUGGAAAUGGAGCAAUUAGAAAAAGAGAAACAGCAAAAUGAGAGCAGGUCUACAAAUAUGAGUGAUAAAAUAUAUGAAAAGAAGCGUAGAGACAGUAAAGCAUCAUCAACGUUGGCCAAAACUAUCCCAAUGUCUGUUUCUGGAAACCCUUCAGGUGCUUCAACAAGCAAAGAAGUAAAAAAGUCUAAAUUGGUUAGAAGUCAGUCUUUCAGUAGUCAAGCUAUUCAGUCAAAAUAUGGCAAUAUUGACAAAUGCUCCAGCAAAAGUUCUUCAAUAGGCUAUACUUCUGUGUCAGGAGUAGCAAAGAAUUCUAUGUUCUCAUUUACUGAUGAUUCCUUCCGAACUCGUCCCAACAAUGUCAGUGGCACUGCUGCUUUUAAUUCUACUUCCACCUUACCAUCUUCUUCUCGUAACACAAAUAACACAGUUGAUCAAAAAAGCAAUGGGAAUAAAGAGAGCCAUUCACGGAAGGUUAGCUUGAAAAACAGAAAAUCAAACUCCUAGAGCUGGUGAAAGAAAGCAUGCACACCAAAGACCACCAGAGGCAAUGUGGCUGAAGCCAGGAUUGGACAAAGCUAGAGUACAACCUUGAAUUUAAGGACCAGGAAGGAGGGAUUGAUUUGAUACCAUAAUGUUAACAUCUUCUGUCAAUUAAAUAAAUUCCUAUGUUGUAAAAUAUCUUCAUAGAAAUAAUGUAAUAUGUGCAGAAUGCCAAUGUUGUAAGUGAAGUGCUUAAUUCAACGUUACUUUAGCAAUGUGCUUUAAAUCUGCUGCAGCUAAAGAGACAGGGUUUCCCUACUUCCCCCUCUCAAUUAUGCCUUCUACUAGUUCAGGUUAUUCAGUUUGGAAUGAAAGUGCCCUCUACUUUAAAAUAUAGCUAUUUACAAGCUUAUGGACUCCUAAUUUGCCUUCGCUAUGGAAAUAGGGCCAUAUGUGUGAAAUUGCUCUGCGUAUAAGAAUUAACUGAACAAGUGACACUUUCUCUUUCAAAAAAGCUUUUAAAUAUCGAAGAAGCUUCAGUGUGGAAUCUGGAAGCAUGAACAGAGAAAUGUGGAGAAGUGUAGUCCUUUAAAAUAAACUGCUAUAAUUUUAGAUAAUAUUGCUUAUCUGGUGUAUAAAAUGUCAAGAGGAUUUCUUUUCACUUUUUAAUAAGAAACAGAUACCUCCAAAUAGCAUAUGAAUGAUUUCUUAAAUUUCACAUUGCAAUUUUAUUGUACAAAUACUUUGUUUUAAUUUACCAGUAUAGUCUUAUUGUAGUUUCUCUUUAUCCAACAUUUUAGAGAUGAUUAAUCUAGUUUUUAAUUAGUAGUUAAUUCAAGCCAUCAUGCUUUUAGCUAUAUCAACAUCAUUCUGUUUGUAUUCAUGCUAACAUUCCUAUCAAAAUUUGCCUGCAAAAUGCAGUUUUAUUUAAAACAUUCAAUUUAUGCCAAUACUUGAGAGAGACUGUAUGAAGCUAUUGUCAGCUUCUCUACUUCACAAUGCAAUCAGCAAAACUAUAUUGAUAUCAGACUAUCUGUUUUUUUAAAUAUGUUGGUGUAUGAUAAAGAUAAUCUAAUUUGUGAAUGAAUAAAUGUGUGGUUACUUUUUACAAUGUGAAAUAAUGAAUGCUUUAUGCACAAUAAAACUUAGGCCAUUAAAAUA